UGGAGCUACGCGGCGGCUUCCCAGCUGGACUGAAAGGAGUCUAGGACUCUAGCUCCUCGGCCUUGAGAGUACGGCUUGGCCUUCGCCGAAUAGCGUUAAAGGAAUUUCUGAGUUCUCAUCGGCCUCCCAGACUUGCUUUCCUUCCCCUCUGAAACUAGGCCUUCUGGCCCUUUGCUGCGGAAUCUGCGGCCGCCGGGAAGCCCGGAUCCAAGUGUCCGCGAGUAACCGGAAGUGCCGCCCGCAGGCCGAGGGGCGGCUCCGUGGCUGCCGGGAGAGGGAAGAAUUAAGUAUUGUGACUAGUUCUGGACCAGAGCUCUUUUGGAGCCAAAAAAGAACCCAGUCAAGUCUUUUGUGUUCCGAAUGCCUUGAGUAAUCAGAUUUUCAAGACCAUUAGAAGAAUGCUGCUUUUCUUCUGUCUAGAUUCUGGGUUUGAAAAUAUGAAGUAAGGAAUUAAUGUAUAUAAUGCUGGAAACUUGUGAAGGAGGACUGUGUAUGACUGAAAGGCUUGAAACAGAUGUGUCUUCCACAUUCUCAUCAAGACAAUGACUACAAAGGCAAUGAUGGGUCAGAAAGACCAUUGGAAAACCCCAUAGGAGAGAGCCAUAGAAAAUGCACACUUCAGAAGAGAGAUGUAAUCAGAGAACUCAAAAAAAGAAAAUACAUCAUGUAUGCCCUCAGAAGGGUAAAAAGAUUUUUAUUCAUGUGCAUGAGAUUACUCAAAUAGAUAAUCAUAUAUACCAGUGCCUUGAACGUGAACAAAACUUCUGUGAAAACUUAGCUCUUAUUAUGUGUGAAAGAACUCAUAUAGGGGAGAAACCUUAUAGAUGUGAUAUGUGUGAGAAAACCUUCAUCCAAAGCUCAGAUCUUAUUUCACACCAGAAGAUUCACAAUUAUGAGAAACCAUAUAAAUGUAGCAAAUGUGAAAAGAGCUUUUGGCACCACUUAGCCCUUUCAGGACACCAGAGAACACAUGCAGGUAAAAAAUUCUAUACAUGUGACAUUUGUGGCAAGAAUUUUGGUCAGAGCUCUGAUCUGCUUGUCCACCAGCGAAGCCAUACAGGCGAGAAACCGUAUCUGUGUAGUGAGUGUGAUAAAUGCUUUAGUCGAAGUACAAACCUCAUAAGGCACCGAAGAACUCACACAGGUGAGAAACCAUUUAAGUGUCUGGAGUGUGAAAAAGCUUUUAGUGGGAAAUCUGAUCUCAUUAGCCACCAGAGAACUCACACUGGUGAAAGACCCUACAAAUGUAAUAAGUGUGAGAAAAGUUAUCGACACCGAUCAGCCUUCAUUGUACAUAAAAGAGUUCAUACUGGGGAGAAGCCCUAUAAAUGUGGUGCCUGUGAAAAAUGCUUUGGCCAGAAAUCAGAUCUUAUUGUGCACCAGAGAGUCCACACAGGUGAGAAGCCGUAUAAAUGCUUGGAAUGCAUGAGAAGUUUUACGCGGAGUGCCAACCUCAUAAGGCACCAGGCCACUCAUACUCACACUUUUAAAUGCCUUGAAUAUGAGAAAAGUUUCAACUGUAACUCAGACCUUAUUGUACAUCAAAGAAUUCACAUGGAAGAGAAACCACAUCAGUGGUCUACAUGUGAGAGUGGCUUCCUCCUGGGUAUGGACUUUGUUGCCCAACAGAAAAUGAGAACUGAAACAGAGGACCUGCAUUAUAAAUACAGUGUAUGUGAUAAAAACUUCCACCAGACCUCUGCCCUUCUUCAACAUCCAACAGUACAUAUUGGUGAAAAACCAUAUAUCUGUAAUGUGGGUGAGAAGGGUCUUGAGCUCAGCCAUCCUCAUGCCUUAGAGGCUUCACAUAUGUCUUGACCAGACGUGAUGUUAUAAUAUAAAAAGUGUAUUUACAUGUCAUAUAACUCAUUAAGAUGAAUAUUAAGUGAAUCUCAGACUGGUCAGAGCUCAGACUUCAGUGGGGACCAAACAUCCUGCAGUUAUAGGAAGUGUGAGAAAUGCUUUAUUACCCAGAGAGUUGUCCUAACAAAACACUUUAUCAGUCACUUCAAAGAGAAAUUCUGCAGAUGUCUUGAGUUUUGGAAAACCUUUAGUGUGAACUCAAAUUUGGUUACUCACAAGAGGAUUCAUACAGGUAGGAAAUCUUCCAGUGCAGUGUGUUUGAGAGCUUUCAGCCCUCCUCACUACAAGAGAAUUCACCCCAGAGAACAACUUUUAAAUGCCUUCAGCGUCAACAAGACACAUCUUAUUGGACAUCAGAAAAUUUCAUCCUGGGGAGAAGCCCCAGCAAGUGUGGGGAAAAACAAAAAACAAAAAAA